UACACCAACUUUCCUCUCUGUAACUCUGUCGUUAUUUUCGUUGUAAAAUAUGUUUACGCGAGACAUUUUCAAAUCUAUAUUGAGCUAAACCGUCGCAGAGGAGGUGAUUUGUCCAUUUAUCGUUAUUCUAGGAGUUGGGGGAUAUUUUACAAGUGCUUCGCUAUUGGAGGGCAUAGGACGUAGUGCGUAAGGGGCUGCUACUAACUUGCGCCCAAGCUUCACGCCUCUAUUAGUUACACAAUAAAAGCCGAUCUCAAAGAAAAAUCUGAACAUAGGCCUAAUGAAUCGGACUUAUAUCCUUUAAUAGAAUGUGCAAUUUACGGUUAGAGCUUGCUUUUGGCUGGAUAAAGUAGCCCGUAAUGUUUUAUAUUUUUAUGUUUUCAGGCGACAUCAAAGGCUUUGUUGCUCGCCCUUCUCUUUUUUCGUAUAGGAACGCAGUCUCGCGGCUGAGUGCUUUUCCAGUGUAAAAUGGCUCUAUUGAUGACUGUGAUUAAGACAAAAACAACAGUGUUUAGUUUCACUGUAGUUUAGAAAAUCUCGCCGUAGGUGCUUGUUCAUCGAGAGAUAGAGAAGUAAGAGGAUUGGUUGCCGUUGAACUUGCGGUUGGAUGCACAACUCCAGCUCGCUAAUGUAGGCUAUGUGGCUAUAACCUAACCUACCAGCAUCAGGGAUAGUGUUCUAUGGCUGCGAAGUUUGUCCCCGCAUGCCUACAUUUUAGAAUACAAACCAUGCAGAGUAUGUCCGUCCGCUACACAGUCGAGAAACUCAAGAGUUUGGAUAGACAUGCUGACAAUGUGGGCCUUUCUUUGGCCAGUGAAAAGUGACUGAAGUCUUGUACUAGUUAUUCAACACAACUGCGACUCGCACACGAUGAGGGCAGUCUGUGGGCCUUCAAUUUCAGAUCCUUCCCCAAAAUGUCUCAUGAAGGACAUUUUGUUUCACGGCGCUGUUUACAGUGUAUGCGGAUGACACACAGCUGAGAGCUGGAACCCACUCUAGGCUUCUUGGAUGGUGUUCAAAACCGAAGACUGUGUGAAGGCUGAGAGAGCUCCUGGUCUGAGCUCCAGUCAGAAGGGCUUCAUGAUGGAGCUCCAGGACCUCCAGGAUGCACUGAAGAUGGAGAUACAAGUUCACCAGAAACUGGUGGCCCAGAUGAAGCAGGAUCCUCAGAACACUGAACUAAAGAAACAGCUGCAUGAACUCCAGACCAAGAUCACAACACUAAGUGACAAACAGAAGAAGGUUGUGGAGCAGCUAAGGAAAGACCUGCUAGUGAAACAGGACCAGACGGACCUCCAAACCCAGACACAGCUUGCAAGCCAGCUGCAGUCCCAGGCCCAGGCCCAGUUCCCUCUCCAGCUGGAAGUCCAGGUCCAGUCCCAGCCUCAGCUCCUCCCCCAGCCCCAGCACCCCAUUCAGCCUGGGAGUAGGGCUUCUGGGCUGCCACCCCUUCAUACCCCGCCCUCCCUGCCCUCACCCGACAACCUCAGCUCACUACAGAGCACGUUGCCAGGUUCUCCCAUCCCCUCCUCCAAGUCUCUACCUCUGCUGCUCUCUGCCAUCCCAUCCCCACGGCCUUCAGUUGCCAUGGUUACCACCCUCAGCCACACCCCCAAGCCUGGUGCCACUCACCCUGACUCCAACUCCCAGAAUGCACCAGUCAGCCUUCAGGCUACCUGCCCGUUGACCAAUCAGGGGCUGGAGGCGGUGCGACUAGUUACCAAGAGCACUGUUGUGGUGCACACUAGCCAGCCAAUCAGAGUUCCCCAGUUUGUCCCUCCCAGAUUGGCUCCUCGACCUGCCUGUCAACCUCAGGUACGGCCCAGACCAGCCCAGCCGGUCCUCCAGGCUCCUCCCCCCAUGCUAGCACCGCCCCAGCUGCCUCCACGACCAAUCCUGCUGGCAAAUCAGCUCACAGCUUCGUCUCUGCCGCCAAGCCCCACCCCCAUCCGGCAGGUGCGCAUCCUUAACGGCCAAUCCUGCUCUAGCCCAGCCCCCGGCAUCAUCAUCACACCCUUAGCCACGCCCCCUACACACUUGAGCAGCAGCCACAGCCCGGCCUCCAAGACUGUGAAAGCCAAGACCGGUGAUAUAAAGUCCACCUCCAGCAAACACCCCUCUCCCUCCCCCUCUCCACACUCCCCCACCACUCGCGGCACCCCCCCUCCCAGGACCCCCCCCAGGACCAAGCAGGAGGAGAGCCCUCAGAAAUUAGCCUUCAUGGUUUCUCUGGGCCUGGUGACAUAUGACCAUCUGGAGGAGAUCCAGAGUCGCAGGCAGGAGAGGAAGAGGAGGACAACAGCUAACCCUGUCUACAGCGGAGCAGUCUUUGAACCCGAGCGUAAGAAGAACACCCUGCUCUACCUUAACUCUCCACUACACCAGCCCAACAGGAAGAGAGGUCGCCCCCCCAAACACAGCAGCAUGGUGGAGCUGAGUCCUCACCCCCCCGGCUGCCUCCCCCCUCCCUCCCCCAUUCUCCACCGGCCUGCACCCCCCCUCACCCCCCCUCUGCCAGGCCCAGGCCCUGGGGAUGCAGACGUGCACGAGGACUUGUGUGCCGUGUGCCGGCGCAGCGGGCAGCUGCUCAUGUGUGACACGUGCUCACGCGUGUACCACCUGGACUGCCUGGCUCCGCCCCUGAAAACUGUUCCCAGGGGCAUGUGGAUGUGCCCCUCAUGUCAGGAUCAGAUGCUAGAUAAAGAGGACGCCAUGGAGUGGCCUGGAACUUUGGCCAUUGUUCACUCCUACAUCGCCUACAAAGCAGCUAAAGAGGAGGAGAAGCAGAGGCAGGUGCAGUGGGCCAGGGACCUGAGGCAGGAGAGAGAGCAGCUGGAGACCAGGGUCAAGCAACUCAACAUCUCCAUCACGAGGUGUAUGGAGAGUAAGAACAGCGUGCUGAGUCGUCAGAGGAGCAUGCAGACAUCCCUGGAGAAGGUCAAAGGUUUACUCUGCCUCAUAAAGGGCCUUAAGCCCCUUUCCCCUCCCCAGACCACACUCCCACCACCAGAGGACCCUACCAAUGAAGGAACAGGCUGUGUAAGCAUUGACCCCAAGGAACCCACCGCUGAGGAGCUAGGUGACACACAGAACAACGACAUCACAGAGAACAACGACAUCACAGAGAACAACGACAUCACAGAGAACAACAACAUCACAGAGAGCAACAGUGUCACAGUCAACAGCAACAACGUCACAGAGAACAGCAACAACUUCACAGAGAACAACAACGCUGUCACAGAGAACAACAACGACGUCACAGAAUACAACAAUGACAUCACGGAGAACAGCAAUGUCACAGAGAACAACAAUGACAUCACGGAGAACAACAAUGACAUCACAGAGAACGAUGACGUCGCAGAGAACAACGACAUCACAGAGAACAACAAAGACGUCACAGAGAACAUAAACGCCCGCAGCAGAAGCAGCCCAGACGAGCAGAGGAGUCCACACCAGGGAGCCACUGCUGCUCCGGCGGCGGAGGAGGAGAAGGAGGAGGAGGAGAGGAAGGAAGAGGAAAAGAAAGUAGUGGAGCACAAACAGGAGGAGGUGAAACUGGAGGAGGAGAGGUCGGAGGUGCAACAUGAAAAGGAGGCCAAGAAGUCUAACAAUAACAUAGUAAACAACAAUAAGAUCAACAACCUGAACAGUAGAGCCACUGAAAUCAACAAGAAGGAGGGGGAGGAAGACGAGGAGGAAACAACAGAAAGAGAGACAGAAGAAGAGGGCCAGGAGAUGGAGGAUAUAACAAAGUUGGGGCAGGAGGGGGGUGACAAGGAUGAAGAGGCAAAGGAGGACAAUAAGGAUGUGAGGGGAGAGGAGGAGGAGGAAGAGGAAAAGGAGAACAAAAGGGAAGAAGUGAGGGGAGAGGAGGAGGAAGAGGGAAAGGAGAAGCAGGAGGAGAUGACAAAGGAAGAGACGGAGAAGGAGGAGGCAGAGAAUGGGCCCUUGUCCCAUCUGCUGGCGAUGCUGUCGGGUCGCACCCCCAGGACAUGUCAACUGGUCUGGAACACCUAA